AUCCCGAACCAUACCGAACUGAUAUUUCGGGAUCGGGAUCAAUAUGAUGUAAAAUUCCAUACCGAACCAAUAUAUUUGGUACGAUAUCGGUACGGACUAAAUAUAGUGUCACCGGUAAAAAUACUAGUGGAAGGAAAGAAGAGUAGUUUUUCUCUCUCUUCUGGUUUGAACUUAUAAACAAAGGAAUGAAAUGGCGUUCUCUCUUACUAAGGGAAUGGUUGCUGCUGCUACUCCAACUCAAUAUCAUCACCUCUCCCGCACAGAUGCCAUCUUCCCGCUUCGCAAAACGCUUCAUGUGAAACCCUUGUUAACUCCGAUUACAAUCUUGAAAAGAAGCACUCCUUUCAGAUUCUCUUCAGUGAACGCAGCAGCCAGUACCGAUGACAUGGGCAAAUUUUCCACAGGCCCAUCACCCAUUGCUCAAGAAGAUGAAAAACCCAGUAAGGAAGUGGAAGAAUGUGUGAGAGUGCUGAAAAGGGCUGCCAAGACAAGAAAAGUUCCACCUUGGGAAAUUCUUUCUGCAUUCUCAGUCAUCGAGAAGGCAAAGCUCGACCCCUCUGGUUUCUUUGAAACUCUUGGAGGAACCAAGUCACCUGGAAGAACAUGGAUGCUUAUUUUCACAGAAGAGAAAAAGCUACAGCGCGGGGGAUAUUUUCCAAUUACAGCUGUUCAGAGGUUCGAUGCAGCUGGAAGGAGAAUCGAAAAUGGAGUUUAUCUUGGCCCUUUAGGAUGGUUGAGCUUUGAAGGGAGGUUUUCGUGGAAGAGUAGAAUACUGGCAUUCACGUUUGAGCGGAUCCGCGUGAAGGUUGGCCCUUUUAAGCCAUUUGAUAUUGGUGUCAAGGCCGGGAAGGAUGAAAGGGAGCCAAGCAACAAGAACGACCCAUUUUUCAUUUGGUUUUAUGUAGAUGAAGAAAUAGCUGUUGCUCGCGGUAGAAGUGGGGGCACUGCCUUUUGGGUUCGUUGUCAACGUGUUGGUGUAGAUUUAUAAUAUCAAAGGUAGUAUUUUUAUUUAUAGCUCUACACAAAACAUAUACUUGCAAAUGUAUCAUGCUCCGUAAUCAUACUUCACCGAUCGAAGAGACAUUGAGUCGAACACAUUUUUAUAAUGCAACUCUAUCCAGAAACCAAUUUCAUUCGAAUCUGUAGAUUGAGAUUGCCCAUUAGGAGGUUUGAUCCUCGACCACGACCAUAGAAGUCGGAAUCAAUAUCAAACCAUGCC